UCGCGUUUCCAACUGCAGCCAUCUCAACUUCUCAACUCCCUCUCCUGUGCUUCUCUCCCCCUCUCUCUCACCGACCUCCCCUCCCCUUGCAGAUCUGAUCGGCGACGGCGAUCGCCGGACCACCACCGCCCGCCGCCAUGGCGCUCACCCUCCGCAAGAAGCAGCUCGAUUCGAUCGUGAGGAUGCUGCAUCUGAACCAGCAGCUGCAGGGCUCGCCGGACGGGGUCGGCGGAGGGGUGGGGUCGGCGGAGGAGGAGGAGGCGUACAAGAUCCUGGUGAUGGACUCCCCCUGCGUCGCGCUCCUCGCGCCGGUGCUCCGCGUCGGGGAGCUCCGGAGGCACGGCGUCACGCUCCACCUCAACAUCGACAAGGCGAGGCAGCAGGUCCCCGACGCCCCCGCCGUCUACCUGCUCCGCCCCACCGCCGCCAACGUCGACCGCGUCGCCGCCGACGCCGCCGCGGGCCUCUACGCCUCCUUCCACCUCAACUUCUCCACCUGCGUCCCGCGGGCCCUCCUCGAGCGCCUCGCCUCCGCCACCGCCGCCUCCCGCUCCGCGCACCGCGUCGCCCGCGUCGCCGACCAGUACCUCGACUUCGUCUGCCUCGAGGAGGGGCUCUUCUCCCUCGCCCAGCCCAGGGCGUACGUCGCGCUCAACGACCCCGCCGCCGCCGAGGCCGACAUCACCGCGCUCGUCGACGCCAUCGCGCUCGGCCUCUUCUGCGUCGUUGCCACGCUCGGCGCCGUGCCCGUCAUCAGGUGCGCUGGCGGCGGGCCGGCGGAGAUGGUCGCCGCCGCGCUUGACGCCCGCCUCCGCGAUCACCUCAUCGCCAAGCCCAAUCUCUUCACUGAGGCCGCGUCCACAGCAGUUGCAUCCUUCCAGCGGCCACUCCUGUGCCUGUUUGAUAGGAAUUUCGAGCUUUCGGUGGGGAUCCAGCAUGAUUGGAGCUACCGCCCGUUGGUCCACGACGUGCUCGGCCUGAAGUCGAACAAAUUGAAGUUGCCAGAGAAGUAUGAUUUGGAUGACACUGAUCCGUUCUGGGUGGCAAACAGCUGGUUGCAAUUCCCCAAAGUGGCAGAGGAAAUUGAGGCCCAGCUUGCCAAGUACAAGCAGGAUGUGGAUGAGGUGAACCAGCGCACAGGUGGUGGCAGGGAUGGUGUUGAGUUUGAUGGCACCGAUCUCAUUGGCAACACCAGGCAUCUCAUGAAUGCUGUGAACUCGCUCCCAGAAUUGACGGAACGGAAGAAGAUGAUUGACAAGCACACGAAUAUUGCAACGGCGCUGCUUGGCCAUAUCAAGGGGAGGUCUCUGGAUGGAUAUUUCGAGUGUGAGAAUAGUAUGCUCGUGGAUGGCACCUUGGACCGGACCAAGUUGAUGAACCUGCUGAGAGGGAACGGCACCAAGGAGGAUAAGCUCCGACUGGCUGUGACCUACCUGCUUUCCUUCGAGACACCAGUGCCAUCUGACUUAGAGCAGGUUGAGGCCGCUCUGCGUGAGUCAGAAGUGGACAUGUCCGCGUUUCAGUAUGUAAAGAGAAUAAAGUCACUGAAUUCCCAGUUCGCUGGUGCAUCAAACACCGCAAGCAAGGUUAACAUAGUUGAUUGGGCAGAAAAGCUUUAUGGGCACUCCAUUAGUGCCAUGACAGGUGUGAGGAAUUUGUUAUCAGAUGGAAAGCAGCUGGCCGCUACAAGGGCUGUAGAAGCUUUGAUGGAGGGGAAACCAAAUCCUGAAGUUGACAACUACUUACUAUUUGAUCCACGGGCCCCUAAAUCAGGAACUGCUGGACAGUUCAGAGGACCCUUCAGAGAGGCCAUUGUUUUCAUGAUUGGUGGUGGAAAUUACAUUGAAUACAGGAGCUUGACAGAGCUAACGCAACGUUCACAGACUACCAAGCAAGUCAUAUAUGGAGCAACUGAAAUUCUUAAUGGGGUGGAGUUUAUUCAGCAACUCUCAGAACUGGGGCAGAAAGCAGGGUUGGGUGGUGUCAGCAGCAGCCUGCCACCCCAGUAAACAGGCUCCUUCAAGAUAUUUUGAUGUUAAUGGGUGUUUAAAGCUUCCUAGAUCAGUGGUAUCUUACCAGACUUUUGAUGUUAAAGAGUGGUCCAGACUGCAUAGAUCAAUGGUAUCCAAUUUCCAAAAAGCUCAGGUUUAUGGCCUUGCUUUGAAUGUCAUCUAUACAAAGUUUUCUUAUGAUUUUAUCUUUCCCGAGUCUGAUAUGAAGUGUCCAUGUAUGCUCAUUUUCUUUUAUCAUCAUUGAUUUCUUUUGUCUCCUUUUGGUUCUCUGAGAUUACCGAAAUUAUUCAGUGAA